AUGGCCGUUGUAGCUUCUGGAGUUUCCAGGCUUUUUGGCCAGCUACGAGAUGGAGCCAAAGGUUUUUUUUUUGAGAGAAAAAAUUAGAAAUGAGAUGAAAAACGUAAUUUCAGGGAUGUUGCCAUUAUUGAUCCUCGCAAUUUACACGAUCAUCGGAGCAAUUCUAUUUCGUGAGUUGGAGGGUCCGAACGAGCAGCACAUGCUCCAAGAGCAGCAGAAAGAUCGCGAUGCUCUUAUGCAGGUGUGUGAGAGUAUCCGAUUUCGUUAAGGUCGUUGUUCUUCUUCAGCGGACCAUUAUCAAACUGAACGCCAUUCAAAUGAAACGACAACGAACGAGAUUUUCCGCCCAGGCGGAGUCAAACGCGACGGCUGUGACUUUGACAGAGUUUCAGGAAAAACUAGGGAUACUGCCGGUCGGUUUUAUCGGUGAAAUCCUGGCUAGAAGAAUUUACAUCACAGAUUGAUCCUGAGAAAGAUGUUCAUUGGACUUUUCUAGGUUCACUUUUCUACUGCAUGACAGUUUACACAACAAUUGGUGAGACAUAAAUCAUAUUGUUGAAAAUUUAGUCAGCAAAAAAUGAAAACAAUACUUCAUUCCCCCAGCCUGAGAUAGUCUGAGUUGUCUGGUCUGUAUUCUAUCUCCUCAUUGAUGACAGAAAAGAAGCCUCAGGCAGUCCAGACUGUUGCGAUUUAUUCUUUAAAACUUGAGUUUUUUACCUUUUUUGAGCUCUUCUUUUCCAGGUUACGGUAACAUUGUUCCGUUUACAAUCCCGGGACGGAUUCUCACAAUUUUGUACGCUUUCUGUGGGAUUCCACUGACAGUCAUCAGUCUUAUCUGUCUUGGUUCUUUAUUUGCCAAGCUGUGCAAACUGAUUUGGAAGCUCAUAAUUAAAUCAACUGGUGUUGUGAGCAAGGACCUUGAAAGAAAGGUUAGUUGACUUUGACAGAUUAAAGUCAUUCGAAUUCAGAUGACGGAUGCGGUUGGAAUGAACGAAGAGGGACACACAACUGUCAAAGGGAACGUGGAAGAAACAUCGGAUCAAGACGACUUACUUUCUUUCCCGAUCUCGAUCUUACUUGUGGCCACGAUCAUCUACGUUUUCCUCUGUGCGGCUAUUUUUAUGGCUUUUGAAGAUUGGACCUAUGGAACUUCGCUGUAUUUUACUCUUAUUUCUUUCACAACUAUUGGAUUCGGCGAUGUCCUUCCAACUGAUUAUGACUACAUGAUCAUCGUUUCCAUCCUUUUGUUGAUAGGAUUAUCGAUCGUUUCUACUGUCAUGAAUAUCAUCCAACAGCAAAUUGAAGCUUUAGCAUCGGUACCCUUAUAAACUAAAUUCUGAGAUUUAUGAGAGUUCAGGGAGUUAAAGAUAACAUCGACAAAGAAUACAUGGCGGCUCUUGCUGAUGCUCAAGAUGAAGGUGAACUUCCUGCUGAAGACGUCGCUGAUGAACGCGAGAAAGAUGCAGGAAGUAAGAAAAAAACUUUUUUUAUUUGGUUGGAAUUUGAAUUUUUUUGGUCUUCUCAAGAAAAAAACUUUAAUUUUUUUCCAACAAUCUGAUUCUAAUUGGCUAAACAUCUAAAGAAAAAUACUUUCUGCAUCAUUUCCUUGCAGAGCAGGACGGUCGAUCGUUGAACACAGUUGUUUCGAAGAUGCCGUUGAAAAAUCGGGCCUUGUUCUACAUGAUGCCAAGCAACGCCAAAAAACAGCUUGCAAAACAUUCAGAAAACAAGAUGAACAAGCACAACAGAAGCUCUCAGACAGGAACUGACCUCCUUCAGGUUUUCAUUAAACUUAUUAUCUUUUCAAAUUCAAAUGACGGUCAGGCUCUACUGAAAGAAGAAAUUCUGAAACUGGAACUCAACAACGAGCUCCCAAAGUACGCAAUGAACCAACCGAUUGCUCCUCCACGAAAUUCCAAUCAAGCCCGAGUUGUCAGUACCGACGUUCGAGAAAAAGCCGUGCCGAUUGAGGUUAUCCGCGUCGAAACGAAUCCCUCAACAUCUGUUAGAAAGUCCGAAGAACACGAAGUUUGA